UCUCACUGAAAAGAAACCUGAGCUGCGUAACAGAGAAGUAUACAUCUAUUAUACGCAAAAGCGACUGUUACAAUUUGAAAAGACUUUAUGAAAUUUAAUAUCAUUUAGUACUUGCAUAUAUUUCGGAUUUGAUAUUAGGAUUUAUCACCGGUAGCUGUAGUGCAAACUCUCAAAGAGGUUUCAGUCUGGUUUUUGUUAAAGUGUUUCUUUUUAAUGUUGACAGAGCUAUAAAAUAACAAAUUUGUUUUUAUGACGUGCUUACAUUUGAAUUUUAAAGGCACAUUCAUUUUUAUUCUGACAAACAUUUAUUUUCUCAAAUGAAGAAAUGUAUGCACUUUCACGAAUCACUAGUGAGAGCUCAACUGCAACAAACGCAUCCGAAAGUACUGAACAAACGGAUUUAUCAGAUGACGGCAUCGUCGAUUGCGACAAAAAUCCAAACAUACACACGAACAAAGGUUUUGCAUAUUCGGCUCCAGUACGUAAUACAACCACGAGAGACUCAAAUAUUGAGGAUCAGCGAGGAAAUUUGCAUACUGUAGAAGAAAACGAUCAUGGUGGAUAUUUUAAGAUACAUGUACCAUCAGCUGAACAAGAAGUAAGAUAUGUAUGGAUAGAUUCACAGAGAGGUAACUAUGGAACGAAAAGAGAGUCAGUACCGUUACUUGUAGGAAGUGAAAGACAAUACGCAGUGCAGGACAUAAUUAAAAGUGAAGGUUUUAAGAAGGUCUUUGAAUCUGAAUACGCAGAUAUUGUGAAGAAUUACAAAAGAUUAAAGAAACUUUUCUUGAUUUUGGCGGUUUUGAACAUCAUUUUGAUUAUUUGUGCUGCUUCCGUUAUGCCGGUUAUCUUGGUAUCUCUUCGUCUGGAAAACGGUCAUGCUAUGUCAGACAAAGGAUCGCUUGACGCAAGCAUGGAAGAGGCUUUGUUUGAGAAGCUGAAUUCCCCACGAGCAAAGGAAAUAAUUCGGCAACACAUGCCCUGUGACGAUUGCCGUCGUCUUAGCGAUAAAUUAGAAGCAUACAAGUUAGAAAUACAGAAAGUCCGCAAUGAUAUUGAUAUACUGGAAAAUGCAGUGAUCAGUUUGCAGCUCGAAGUAUCUAACAACACAGGCAAUGCAUCGAGAAAGAAUGUUUUACAGAAAAAAAAUCAGAAGACAUUUGUACAGAAAAGAGUUGAGGAUAACAACCAACUACUGAAUAAAUUGCUCAACCGGAAACGCUCGUCUAUGCAACUAACAGGAACAGUCAUAAAUGGUCAGAUAGUAUGGGAGGAAGACGUGUUCAGUGGAAACAUAAUGUCACAUAACAGCAAGGGUAUUCUUGUAAAGAGCGGAGGGACAUAUUUUGUUUACUCAAAGAUACAGUUUACAAAAAGAAAUUGUACCGGAACUGAAAUCUUUGAGUAUCAUGUUAUGAAAGAAAAAGAAAGUGCCAAUACUACCGCAUCGUAUGCGAAGCAGCGCUGCACAGCCAAAGGCGAUUUUGAACAAUCAUUGAAUGUUCAGAAGAUCGUAGAGGUACCUCAUACCGAGACAGCGACGUUUUAUAUUAAAUAUAAUUCUGUGGUUUCUGCUUUCUUUUCUAGAGAUUUCAAAACACACGUUUUUGGUUUAAUUGAAAUUUAGCUGUUAAGUAUAUUUUUAAUAAAGGCGGUCAGUGACAAUAUGAAUAAUUAAAUAUCUAAAUAAAUAUAGUCCUGACUGAUCAAAAGCAGGCCCUAUCCACACAUCAUAAACAAUAUUUAAAAUACAAUCUGUAAGAAGAUCCACUGGAUGUACGUAAUACAACCAAGCAAAAUAGUAGCAGACUGAAUUCGUAUCAUGUUAGGUUUCUAUUGUAAUAGAGCUAUAAGCAGAAUCAGCCACCAAAUUGAACAAAAUACCAGAAAACUUUACUAUAACAUUACACGGACAAGUUCUUGAAAAUGACAAAUGUUCAUUACAUUCCUUUUAAAUAUAAACAAGCUUGCAAUCAUAAUUACUGCAUUUUAAAAUUAAAGUUUUGUUUUCGAAACUAAACCCGCACGGACAGGAAAUUGCAUUUUGAAAAUUACAGAAAAUGUCAGAAAAUGGACCGCACGCAUCGAUCGUUCCGUAAUUUGGAGGUUACAUUCUGUAUCUGUGUUCAGUAAAGACCCUUAGUCCAGCGAAGUAGCAGUAAACUCUGUUUAAAUAGUAUUGUUUAUGUGGGGGUAACGAAAUGUGCAAAAUCACGUUCCCGCUCCUCUCAUCACUGGUUUAUACGAAGCUCAAUAAUUAAGUAACAUAAAUAAAUCUCGAUCCUUUGUGAUCAGCUAUAAAAACAAAACUAAAAAAUGAACAUUUUUUGUGUUUGUACUAGCACAUAUUAUGACUGUUGCUUAUACCAAACCUUAUACCUGCUUUUCAAAUGUAAAUAUUCCAGCAGAACAGGUUUGAAUAAAUAAUUGAAAGGUGCUUUGUGUGAAAUUAGUUGUUUUAUUGUGAUAAAUGGCAGUUGUUUUCAAGUCACAGUUUACAGUUAUCACAUCUUUUUUAUUGUUACUAUACUUUUUAUACACAACUGGUGAAAAUAUCUAUAUUUUGUUACAUACAGAAGGAAACAUAAGCUUGUGUUGUGUUUUGUUUGACAAGUUAUAUAUAAACGCCAUAAAGAUGAUGGAAUUUCUACUCUGUAUAGAGACGAGCUAUCGCUCUUAAAGUCCCCUGCUGGUGCACUGUACAUUUUGAAAAUAUCAGCGGUGUACAAAUUGCAUUAGAAAACUACACAUUUGCAUUUCAAUUUAUUCCCAUGACAUGAAGGUGUAGUAACAGUUUGUCCGUAUUCAUAUCCUUUGGAUACUAGCUUAAAAUCCAGACUGAUGUUUCAGCAAGAAUGAGGAACAUCAGGACGAUAUCUAAAUUAUCCUAUAAUAUAAUUACCUCUCC